UCUCUCUCGGUCUCUCACUCUCUCUUCACUGCUUGGUAAGCUUAAUUAUUAGUGAGCCCAAGAGCUGCCUAGCUCAAGCUACCUACUGAGUAAUAAGUGUCCCCCAUUUAGUGCUUAGUUAGUGCACGUGAUCCAUCAGAUAUAUCUCCAGCCGUUUCCGCCGGCGAUAAGGGAUAAAUGGGCGGCGGGUCGCCGUGCGCGUCGUGCAAGCUGCUCCGGCGGCGGUGCACCAAGGACUGCAUCUUCGCGCCCUUCUUCCCCGCCGACGACCCCCACAAGUUCGCCAUCGUCCACAAGGUCUUCGGCGCCAGCAACGUCUCAAAGAUGCUCCAGGAGCUUCCGGUGCAGCAGCGCGGCGACGCGGUGAGCAGCCUGGUGUACGAGGCGAACGCACGGAUGCGGGACCCCGUGUACGGCUGCGUGGGGGCCAUCUCCUUCCUGCAGAACCAGGUGUCGCAGCUACAGAUGCAGCUCGCCGUCGCGCAGGCCGAGAUCCUAUGCAUCCAGAUGCAGCGCUGCGAUGGCCCCGAUGACGUCGUCCCGCCGGCGCUGGCCACCGCGGCCGGCGGCGACCAACACAUGAUGGCGAUGCAACAGCAGACGACGAUGGUCCCCGAGGACGUCGACGCGUUCCUGAUGCAGAACGGCGGGGGCAUCCCGCCGCAGCUGAUGGGCUUUGGCGCCGCGGCGGCCAUCGGCGGCGUGCACUGCGCCGCGCAGGAGCCCCUCAAGCGGGAGUCCCUGUGGACGUAGCCAGUGAAGUCAACUUUGCAGCAUGUGUACGUAGCCAAUGGAGUAGCCAGCUGCUAGCUAGCUUGUUGCUUCGGUGCUUCUUGCUUGUAGGGCCAGGCUAGCUAUAGGUUAGGGUAGUUUGUGACGACUUCUUUCUCUUUUGUUCUCCCCUUUUAAUCCUGAUUUCUCUAAUCUGUUUCGUGUUCUUGUGUUGUAUUUAUGAUCAAUCCGAGAACUAGUUGGAGAUCAU